AUGCCAAGAGGGGCAAAUGAAAGAGAUUUCCUAAUUUCAGAAUCCUCAGCAAUGCUCACGCAUAGCAUGGGAGCAGUGGAGUGGGAGGGAGAGGAGGAUGAAGAUGAAGAGGAAAAUCAGAGAAUCUUUGUUUUACAAGAUCAAGGGAGUACCGGAAGCACUUUAAUGGUCUUAGAUGUUGUUUUGUUCUUACUGGAUUAUGUUCAAAUGUUUGCAUUGUUACAAUCCUUGUCUCUUCGAUGGCCAUGGCCUUACUCAUGGACAACCUCGUUUGCCUUUCUCUUCUUCUUUAAUCUUGAUAUUUGGGAGUUUGCCAAGCUCAACAGUGGAUCAUACAUUGAUGCAAGGAAUGGAUUUGUUGAUAGCUCAGCUGUUGCUGUGAAUUACAGAGUGAUGAUGCUUUGCUGGUUAAUUGCUCUUAUAAUUCUCACAUUCUCGUUUUUCCUCAUGCGGUGGAUUUUCAUUCACCGCUUGCAGAGUAAAAAGUUAAACAGAUUAAUGAAAAGUCUGGUGGUGGGAAUGCAUGUGCUUGCCCUGCCCAUUGGUGUCCAGAUCGGGAAACUAUUCUGGUGUCGACCUGUAAGCAAUGUUCUUGAUGUGGACAACACUUUAGUUUGCUGGACAGCUGAGCACAUUGUGUAUGUUGUAAUAUCUCUGCUUGUUGCUGUUGUUGUGUUUCUUGUCUAUCCAAUUUGGUUGGCAAAAGUUAUCAAUACUGAAGUGGUGACCACAGGCUCAAAGAAGCAUGAAGCAUUCAUGAUACUUAAACAUUGCGAACAGAUUUUCAACCUUGAGUCUUCAUGGAAUGAUCGACUUUUUAUGAGUUUUGCUUCAUUUCGAAGAUUUUGGGUUUAUUACAAACCAAUACAUCAUGUAAUAAAGUUUCUAAUAAUAUGCUUUUAUGCCUUUUUGUUUAACAGUAGACUGGUACAGGCCAGUUUAAUUUUUGCAGUUUUCUUGCUUCUUUUGAUUACAUACAUCAUCAAACGGCCAUAUCGUGUCACAUCUUUUAACUUUCCUCUCUGGCUUGGAACGCUUUGCCUUGCUUCAUCUGCUGUGAUCGGAGCCAUGAAGAACAUACCCGAUAUACAGAGUGUAUUUCUGUUGCCAUCUUAUAUGGAAGGAGAACUGGUUUUAAUCAAUGUUGCUUGGAUAGUUGGGUAUUUAUGUUGGGUAAUUUACUUUCUCCUUCGACUGUAUGGAGUAAUCUGGCCAAAAAUGCCACUAUUUCCAAGCAUGAUACCAAGUGACAUGAGGAUGUUAAAUAGAGACACCCAGCGGUAUAUGGUUGCUGUUAUCAAGGCUAGAUACUCACUGAGAGCUGCUACUAAAGUUCCGGCACUUCUUUCUCCUGUACACGAGUUAUCACAUCAUAUAAAAGUGGUCAAUGCACUCGCAUGUGAAGCGGAGUACCUCCACGAUCCUCUUCAGUCAUCACUUCGGGAUGUCCUAGAUGAUCUCAUCAUUAUCCACACCCGACUUUCACCUGUCUCAAUUUUUGCAGAAACUCUCAAAUCUUACGUUCAAACCACGAUCACCCGCCUUACAGAAGUCUUGCCGAAGUUCAGUCGUCGCUUGAAGCAGAGGGAGUUUGAUUUGAUCCUGGUAUCACCCGUUCGCAGGAGGAUGCUGUUAAAGAUGUUUGCGGUUGCUUGUUUUAUGAGCGGUAAAGAGGGAAGAUCUCAUACAGCUGGGGUGAAGAAGUUGUGGAGUGGCUCUGUAUCCAAUUUAAAUGAUGAGGGUUUCCAUGAUGAUGAAAGUGUCAUUGUUCUUGAAAAGAUUGAAUUGAAAGAUAAACACGAGUCUGUGGAGGUUUAUGACAAAGAAGUUGGAACUAGCAUGUGUUAG